UCAUCAUAAAAAAAAUAUAUCUGAAAGGUGUUCAAGAGACCUAGAAGUCGUCAUUCACUGUAGAAACAAGAACAAGUUAUGGCAAGUUCAAGCAUGACAACGGGUUCUUCUCAUGCGAUAGCGAAUGGGGAUGUUUUGACAGUGAAAAAAGCAAUGGAAAACACUGAAAGAGUUUUGAAUUUUGAUUUUGAAGAUAACUCUGAUUUUUCCAAUGUUGAUGGCUCAUCGGGAGUUUUAGGUAGAGAAAUUGGAGACAAUUGGAAUCAUAAUGUUCGAAGAAAUUUUAGGAAGGUGGUAUGUUCACAUUGGCUACGGGGACUCUGUAUGAGGGGUGAUGCAUGUAUGUUUCUUCAUCAAUAUGACAAGUCAAGGAUGCCAAUUUGCCGUUUCUUCCGUUUUUAUGGAAGAUGUCGUGAACAAGAUUGCAUAUAUAAGCACAUUACUGGGGACAUCAAAGAGUGUAAGAUGUACAAGGAGAACAACUUUGAGACCAUAGAGAGCCUUUUGAAGUAG